UAUUAUAGUUAGCUGUCUUUACCUGUGUGGAGUCACUGACCUCACCUAAAAACUAAAAUAAAUUUAAUAUAGGUGUAUUGAGGCUGCUUUUGCCGACGAUAUGGCGGACAGAGAGGUACUGAGAAGUAGGUUUAUCUCUUUCGACAAAAUGUACUGUCAUGAAAUGCGCCACCAGACCUUUGCAGAUUGGCCUUUUCGAGAAGACAGCAACUGCACACCUGAAAAGAUGGUCAAGGCUGGCUUUGUGCACUCCCCCAGUGAGAAUGCCCCUGAUGUUGCGUGUUGUUUCUUCUGUCUGAUUGAGCUGGAGGGCUGGGAACCAGAUGACGACCCCUGGUCUGAACACGCUAAACGAUCCCCUACCUGUGGAUUCUUAACCAUGAAGAAAGACUUCACAGAGUUGACAGUGGCUGAAUACUAUAAUUUGGAAAAGGACAGGCUCAAGGUCUACAUUAGAAAAAUUUGUCAUAAGAAGAUGGCGUAUUUCCGGGAUGACAUUGACCGUACACUUGAGAUACUCAAAUCCCUGUUGGAGUCUUGACGACUCUACAUGGCAGAUUAUGGAAAUAUUUUACUGCUGCUUUGCAUACAUUAAUUGGGCAUGAGCUUAUAGUUUUAA